UUUUUUCCCUACAGGAUCCUGAUACGUGGCUGUUUGGGAAAACCGCGGUGACCCACGGUUGCUUAUGUGCUGCAGCUAGCGGAUCCCUCCCCUCAGCGGCUGGGGAGUGUGGAGAAUCUCGGCGGCGCAAUAGCCUGCCUUUAUCGAGCCGGCCUGGAUGGCAGGGACACACUGGUGCAAAGACUGCCGAAACCACAAGCAUUAUUGCUUGCAAGUGCUCUUUGGACCGUGGGACAGAUGAAAGGUGGAAGCUGUAGGAGGCCCAGCUGGGCUUUAGCUGCUUUGUUUAUCCCAGUUACCCUGCUGAUGCUGAUCUCAAGAGGGGCAUCAAGCAGCCAGAAGAUGACACAAACAGCUAUGGCUCAUGCAACAGCCACGGCUGCAGGACCAGGCCCCAGCCUGACAGAUGACCUCCCAGGCCUCCAGGCAGCAGCAGACUUCUUAGCCAGCGAACGUGUCCAUGUUUGGCUCCUGUCCCUGGUGGGCUCUGUUGCUGUAGGCCUCAGUGGGAUUUUCCCGUUGCUUGUCAUUCCCAUUGAGGCUGGAGCUGCCCUUAAAACAGAAGCUGGAUGCCAGAAGCUGAAGCAGCUCUUGAGCUUUGCUAUUGGUGGUCUCCUUGGUGAUGUGUUUCUGCACCUCCUUCCUGAGGCCUGGACACUAUCUGGCUCUUCAGCUGCUAAACAGAACCACUACGUGACCCAGGGCUUGUGGGUAAUCAUUGGCCUGUUGGCCUUCCUACUCCUGGAGAAGAUGUUCCCAGACCAAGAUAGGCAUGAGGAUCCCACUUCAAACUCAGACCUGAAUUUUAACUCUUCUACACAGUCUAAUUCAGUUUUCAGUGAAAAGGCAGUGGUAUCAUUCAGAAAUGGGCACCGUGCUGAGUCAUGGAAAUCCUCCAAGCAACAGAGUCUGCAGGAAAGAUCAGAGAAAAUCAAGACAAGCGGGUACCUAAACCUACUGGCCAACUGCAUUGACAACUUCACUCAUGGACUGGCAGUAGCAGGGAGUUUCCUGGUUAGCAAAAAGGUUGGAUUCCUCACCACCUUUGCUAUCCUGCUCCAUGAAAUCCCCCAUGAGGUGGGAGACUUUGCCAUUCUUCUGAGGGCCGGGUUUGACCGAUGGAGUGCUGCUUGCAUGCAGCUGUCUACAGCGCUGGUCGGGGUCCUUGGAGCUUGCUUUGCUCUGUGCACUCAGUCACCAAAAGGCACAGAAAAUGCCACUGCCUGGAUAUUGCCUUUCACCUCUGGAGGCUUUCUCUACAUAGCCCUGGUGAAUGUGGUGCCUGACCUGCUAGAGGAGUCCAGUUUAAGGCACUCCCUACUCCAGAUCCUACUCAUUUUCUGUGGCGUGGCAGUCAUGGCUCUGCUCUCUGCCAUUGUUGACUGAACAUGGAGGCCUUACAAAACACUAAAACUCAGCACUGGAGAGAAAUCCUGUUCUCCACCAACCCCUCAUAUCUGGUACCCCUCAUUCUUAGAAACUUCAUCUUGACUAAGAGAUUACACCUCUUUGAUAUCAUCAUCAUGUUACACCAGACCAAAUUUCUGACAAUAGAACGGCACUUUAUGAAUGGAUGACUGAAAGGAAGACCUUCUCGAUCUUCUGACAGGAGAUUUUUGUGGACACUAAAAAAUGUGCCAGACUUAGAUAUCAAGGGAAUUAAGAGGGUUUGUAUUGAUAUCUGUAACCAAAUUGUUUUAUAUUGUUGAUCGGACAAUCAUGUUGUUUUGCACAUACAUUUACACAGGAACACCUGAUGUACCUGCUCAACAGAACAGUUUUUACUGGACCUUUACAAGGACCUCCUCCUUUAAAAUGUAUUGAACCCUAAAUUGUUUAAACAUUGUAUGUAUUUCUUACUGUUGUGCUUCUUCUAUAUCUGCUGCAUAUUUAUUGAAAAAGAGACAAGAAACGCGGUUUUAUCCGACGUGUACCAAAACCAUCACGCCAUAAUCUUGUCUUGUUAAUAAGUGCCAAGAAGUCCGGGCGGUCUGUUACACUAGUGUCGGCUCUACACUUAAGUACACUUUCUCUGGUUGUAUCUUCCUCACAUAGUACAGUCAGCAACUUUUUAAGCACACGGUGGUGCUCAUACAAAGCUCUGUUUGAAUAAAGAAUUGUGAUUAAAGUUGAAAUUAAUUGAUUGCAGAAAAAGAUGCGUUUUGUAUUCAGUAUUCAGUUAUGACUUGUACAUGUUGCCUAGAACUCUGAGUCAUGGGACAGAUAACAACUCUUGACCAUGCAGGAUUAUUCAUAGCAUUAUGUUGUUGACUCACCUCUCGGUGAAAGUUUCCACUC